AUGUACUUUCUGAUUUUCUUAGUGUACAAAGUAGCUACUUUGAGGUGCCCUGCAAGUAAUGCUUUCCUUGUUCCACAUGAGUGGUACCAAUCUGGAGACUUCAUCAUUGGUGGAAUAGCGUCCCACAUGGUUUACCACUUUUUUGAAAUGGAAUUUAAUGAACAUCCUGCCAGAAGACCUAAUGAUGUACCAGUUAUAAUCACCAAAUUUUAUCAGCAUGUCCUUGCCGUGGCCUUUGCUGUGAAAGAGAUCAAUGAGGAUUCCCAGAUCUUACCUAACAUCACUCUUGGGUUCCAUAUCUAUGAUAGUUACCUCAAUCCUAAAAUGACCUAUCGUACCACUCUGGACCUCCUUUUUAAAUCCCAGGAAUUUGUCCUUAACUACAAAUGUGAUAGCCAGAAAAAACUCAUGGCUAUUAUUGGAGGAUUGGAUUUUGAUACAUCAUCUUAUAUCGCUGAAAUAAUGGGUUUCUUCAAGUUUUCACAACUGACAUAUGGCUCAUUGGCCCAAGAUGCGUUUCAGACCAGUAAGCUCUCUUCACUUUAUUUCAUGGUCCCAAAAGAGGAACAUCAAUACAUUGGGAUUAUCCAACUACUUCACCAUUUCAGGUGGACAUGGAUUGGGAUUUUUGCUGUUGAUAACAACAAUGGAGAAAAUUUCUUACAGAAAAUGCAGUCCUUACUUUCAGAGAACGGAAUCUGCUCAUCGUUCAUAGAAAGGCUUCCACAACUGGUUCACUUGGAGGACUUCCCAGAAGUUUAUCAUAAAAUCUCAAUUACCUCCAUUAAUUUGAUGAACAGCAAAGCCAAUGCAUUUCUUGUCUAUGGAGAAUCCUGGGCUAUUAUGUGGCUAAGAACUGUUACAUUUUUGGCAGAUCCUGAAACCAAAGAAAUGGCAUUAUUUAGAAAGGUGUGGAUCAUGACUGCGCAGAUUGAUUUCAUAUUAUCAGGACUUCAAAUCACAUGGGAUCUCAAGAUGUUCCAUGGGGCUAUUUCCUUCACUGUUCAUUCAAGAGCAGUUGUAGGUUUCAAGGAAUUUCUUCAGACUGUAAAUCCUCUUUCAGACAACCGAGAUGGGUUUCUGCAGGAAGUUUGGGAACAAUCAUUUGAUUGUUCAUUUCCAAAACCAGAGUUACAAGAAAUGCAGAAUAGGAAAUGCACUGGGGAGAUGAAGCUGGAGGACCUUCCUGGGCCUUUGUUUGAAAUCGAAAUGACUGGCCAAAGCUAUAGUAUUUACAAUGCUGUUUAUGCAGUGGCUCAUGCUUUGCAAAGUCUACUCAUUCUGGAGUUCAAUAGAAAGAAGACUAAGAUGGAUAAAAAACCCGAUUUUCAAUAUCUGCAGGCUCUUCCACUUUCUCGAUGCAAUGACCCUUGUUUCCCUGGAUCCAGGAAGAAAGGGAUUGAGGGGGAACAGUUCUGCUGCUAUGCCUGUGUUCCAUGUCCAGAAGGGAAGAUUUCAAAUCAAAAUGAUAUGGAUGACUGUUUUGAAUGUUCAGAAGAUCAGUAUCCAAAUAAAGAAAAGAAUGGAUGUAUCCUGAAAGUUAUGGUAUUUCUAACCUUUGAAGAAAAUUUAGGAAUUGGUUUAGCCUCAGCAGCUCUUUGUUUCUUCUUCUUGACAUCUUGGGUACUUGGAACUUUUAUUAAGCACAGGUAUACUCCGAUUGUCAAAGCCAACAACAGGUUCCUCACCUACACCCUGCUUGUCUCUCUUCUGCUCUGUAUUCUCUCCUCUUUGAUCUUUCUCAGCCAUCCUGGCAAAGUGACCUGCCUUCUCCGACAAUCAAUGUUUGGUAUCACUUUCUCAGUGGCCAUUUCUAGUGUAUUGGCUAAAACCAUCACUGUAGUUUUGGCUUUCAUGGCCACUAAACCAGGAUCUCAGAUGAGGAAAUGGGUGGGGAAAAGAGUGGCUUUUUGUACUGUCCUUUCCUGUUCUCUCUUCCAAGUAUUGAUUUGCAUUACUUGGUUGUCAACAUCUCCACCAUUCCCUGAGUUGGACAUGUAUUCAGAACUCCAAGAAAUAAUUUUGCAGUGCAAUGAGGGGUCAGCUUUCUUCUUUUAUUGUGUCUUAGGCUACAUGGGUAUCUUGGCUAUUGCCAGCUUUUUUGUGGCUUUUCUUGCCCGUAAACUACCUGACAGCUUCAAUGAAGCCAAGUUCAUCACCUUCAGCAUGUUGGCCUUUUGCAGUGUGUGGAUCUCCUUCUUUCCAGCCUAUCUGAGCACAAAAGGAAAAGCCAUGGUAGCUGUGGAGAUCUUCUCCAUCUUGUCCUCCAGUGCUGCACUACUGGGAUGCAUAUUUUUCCCAAAAUGCUACAUAAUUAUUUUUAGGCCUGACCUCAACCACAGGGAGCAACUCACAAAGAGAAAUUAG